ACUCAUGGCAGCUAACCAGUCCAAGCUGGCAGUGACAGACACCUGGGUAGAAGCCAUCAUUUAUGUCUCAGCGAUGCGAAUUUAAAGAAAAGUGCAUUUGAAUUAAUACCUCAAUUCAAUUUAUGAAUUCAUUGAGACAAGACCAUAUUAAAAAAUACAAGUCAAACAAGAAGUAAAAUAAACGUGGAGAUUAUUAUCGUUGGCACGGGCACCUGUUGUAAACAACAUGGCGACCGAAGAAGGAAAUUACUCGCCGUGGAGCAGACGUUUCUGCUUACAGAUUCUCUUUACGACUUUAUUCUUCAUUUUGACACAGCAUGGAGACGAAGUGUUGUCACAGACUGUCUCCUCCACUAAUAUUACAAAGAUAAGAAGUCAACUCAAACUCACAGGAGUCUGCAGAGAUAACGCUGAUGUUGAACAAGGUCACAUGGACACCUGGCCCUCUCAACCUGGAGCAUGUGACAACAACAUCUGCUUCAUGGCACAGUCGGCUAACUUUAUCAUUCUUGAGACAUGUAGAGAGAUCACAAAUGAUGAAAACCCAGAUGAUGACAACUGUAACAAAGUAGCCGACAGCUCUCAGUCCUUUCCAGGGUGUUGUCCUGAGCUGCAGUGCUCCAAAAGUCCCCCCAUCACCACUCCAUCCCCCACAUUGUGUAUUGACCGGUCUCCUAGCUUGUCCUGCUGGUUCUGGUCUAACAGCACCCUCGGCUGCUCCCCUAAUGGAACCUACUACGACGCCUUCCUGAAGGACUACUGCAGGAAGACCUGUGGACUGUGUACUUAGAAGAGAACAUCCCAAGACAGUGGCAAGAAUAUGCAUCUCUCAGAGUGUGGAUGAUUUCACAAAUGGAUAAAUCAUAAUUUGCUGUCCAUUGCAUUUAUUCAGACUUAUGAAUGUCUUACAAAAAGAUCUUAGAUCUUCUAUUUUGUACAGUGGUGUUUUUAAAAAAUUCCAAACAACGGGUUAAAUAUUAAUAUUUGUUUUGAAAGUUAUGUUCUGUGCCUUAUUUUGCGUGACAAUUUUAAACACAAAUGGAUGAUGAUUGUGCCUUCAGUUGAAAUUUACUUUCACCUGACUGAAAGUCAAGUGAGCAUAUGUCAUGGCCUGGCAUUGUCAGCGUCUGUGAAAACCUUCUGUGAACACCUUCUGUGAACACCUUCUCAGAAACCACUUGCCCAGUGAAGCUGAAACUAUAUCACAUGCUUGUUCUCACCAAUGACACCCCAAUUUGCACAUGAUGUUUAUCUGAUUUUCAAAAUGGCUGCCAUGGUAGCCAUAUUUAAAACAGCUAUUACGAGUCAUUUUUGUUCAAAAUAUAAUGAAAUUUGGAACAUAUGUACAGUCCUCCCUGCUUAAAAUGCCAACUUUCAUCCAACAGAAAAUAUGGCAAUAUAACCAGGUAGGCAUUAUAAUCAGGGAGGACUGUAUAUCCAUUUGCAACGUAAUGUUUGUAAUUAAAUGUUUGAAAACGGCGAUUGAGAAUAUUAUUACAAAACAGGACAGUAUCAUUAACACACCUAAUUUGUUUUGUUAUUUGAUGAAGGUGAAACAUUCUCUUCGUGAGGAUUGGCUAUGAUGACAACUGAGAUCAGUGGAUUAGUUUGUUAAUUUAGAAGAAACAAUUAUUUCAAAACAAUUAACUACAUUGCCAAUAUUACAUGAAAUACUUUAAUAUGAAAAGGCACUAUGACCAGGGAAGUGGAACGUUUGUUCUGAAAAACAUUGACAUUGGCAUUAUAACCAGUGUGGUAAUAACCUGGGAAAUUAGCACUGCUGAAAUCCGUUCUGACAAAAUACAUGGCAUUACAACCAGGGUUGCAUUAUAACGAGUCAUUAUAACGAGUCAUUAUAACCAAAGAGGUCUGUCGUUAGUAGUGAGGUUCAACAUAUAUUUUUUUUAGUUUUUGGCGAUAUUUAAUAUAUUGACCUCGAUUUGACCUUAGGAUUUGACCUUGAACUGUCUUAAAGUCAUUUCUACCAUAUUUGUUCAAAAUGUCAUGAAACAUGGUAUGUGUGUAGUUAUUAGUAGGGCUCAUCACAAGAGAUCUUUCUGUCUACUGAAAUUCCCUGUCUGAGAAAGCUGUAUAGAGGCGGGCAUAUUUCUCCUUCUGAUGACAUCAUCGUUUGCUUAAGUCAUUGGGAAUUAACUGUAGGUAUUUUUUGGUGAAAGAAUUAAAAAAAAAUGUAUACCAUUAGAAAAUGCCAAUUGAUUCUUGCAGAUUUUGAAACACUGAGAACAUUUAGUUACUUGUUUCCUAUUUGUUACUAGUUUAGCCUGAGUAUUCAUGAAUGCCACUGCUUUUGGUGGAGUCCUUUUUAACUGUUAAACAUUCUAAUUGAUUGACUACUUCUAGGUGAGCUACAGUCAUGACUCACAAUUGUGCCUAAUUUCCUCGUCAACAUUAUUUCCUUGUUAUUCCUGAGCUAAUAUCCUAUAUUUUACAGGCACAUGAGACGGCAGUUUCCUCUUUAUGCUGUCAGAGCAGUUAAAUGUUUUUUCUCGUUUUAAAAAAAAUAUGCCAUAUUUUGGGGAGAAAAAUGAAGUCAUUUUUCAGCUGAGUGUAUUCAAAUUCCAAUGUUUAUUCAAAACAUGUUUAAGGAAAAUGAAACAGUCUCACAAUAACAGAAGGGUUCAUUGAUUACAUUUUCUUCAAGUUUCUCCAUUUCAGAGACUGCUGGUUAUUUUCCUGCUUUUACACAGCAAAACAAUUUGCUCAUUUAACUCCGGUCUUUGUGGAUAUACCUUUGUGACAUCAUGUAAGUCCACAACAAAAGAUUUCACUAUUACAAUUCCUUCCAUGCAAGACUUAGAACUUAUCAGUCAACCCUUGUUAUGUAUUAUAGUUCAAUUAUUCCUUUAUUCAGAAGUAAGUCUUCCUGUGCAAUUGAGCUCUGACAAAGGCUAUACAUGCAUGGUCACAUCUUUUGUCUUAGCAUACUGACCUAGGCUAAUAUCUGUAAAACAGGAAACUCUGGUCUGGCGUGACAAUAGAAUUAGGCAGAGAAAAUGAUAUGUGCCUUUUUGUGUGCUGUGACACAUGGAUCCUGACAAUGGUGGGACCUGUCCGUGAAUUGUAUUUCAUAGUCACAUGUUGCCCAUACAAUCAGAUAUUUUAUCUUUGAAAUAUGCUUGGGGUUAUUUUUCCCUUGUUUAAUCUGUGAUAUUCUCGAUAUUUGACUUUUUAUAACUGGUGCGGGUCACCAACAAAUGUGAUGUUGGAAGCAAUAAAUUCAUUAAUCAAA